UCUGGGAUCGUUUCCGUGCGUCAAACAAAAUUUUGCACGUAAUCUUGACAAGGAAGUAAGAGCGAAGCAGCGAACGAGGUAGCAACAAACUCUCUGAUCUCGACAAUCUGUGAAGCCGCCAUUUGUUACCGUGUUUUGCCGCAUAAUGAAUAAAAAAGGUUCAUAUCCUCGGCAGGCAAGUUAUCCCAGACAACCAGCUGUGGUUCAGCCCCAGUAUGUGCCCACUGUUCAGUUUCCUCAACCACCACCUUAUACUGAACCACCUCCAUCUUAUGCAGAGAUCCAACGCCAACCAGGAUAUGCCCAUGUUCCACCUUAUGUGCCAGUCUCAGCGCAAAUGCAAGUGAAUCCAGCAGGGGCAGGCAUGCCUGUGAGGUACUAUGCAGUACCACAAGUGUUUCCUCCACACUCUACUGUGGUCGUGGAAGGUGCAUUUGAUGCAGGUGCCAGGUUUGGGGCAGGAGCCACUGCUAAUCUCCCGCCACCUCCACCUGGUUGUCCUCCCAAUGCAGCUCAGAUUGCAGCCAUGCAGGGUAGCAAUGUCAUCGCAACCCAGAAAAAGGGCAGCUGGGCUUCCGGAGGUUCUGAUGGUGGUUACACUAUCUGGUAAUUCGAUGAAGGCCUCAACAAGAACGUACAGUGGAAGAAGCAAUGAACUAGACCAAUUAUUUAGACAAACAAUGGACUUUUCUUGAUAGCUUGGCCUCUUCGCACUUUGUAUGAUCAAAAAUUGUAGUACACCUCUGCAGCAGGAGGAACUGCUAACAGAACAAAAUGGAUUGAAUUGAAUCUAAGUAACUGCUUUGUUUUGUGCCUUAACAUUUUAGAAUUAAAACAAAAAAGCCUAAAUAAUCAAUAAGUAGCAUUUAUUAAGAUGAUUCAAUGUUAACAUUUAUCAACCAGUAGUACUUCAAGAUCACAGACUGCUGUGUCUAAUCCAUUUUCACUACUGAUUUGGCAAUGCUACAAAGGUUUUGCAUGUAACCACGGCACAGUGAUUUUAUGUACAGUAUAUUGCUGGUUAACAUGAAAAAUUAACAGUGAUAAUAUCUUUCAUUUUAAUAAAAGCUGCAAAUUUGAUAGAUAUUAAUGCCGUGCUCAAAGGGUUUAAUUGCGCUAAUUACUGAGGUCUAUGGAAAUCUGAGCUUUAUUUUUAACUUGUUAAAUGCAUCUGAAUUCUCUUUUUGGAUUCUUGUGCAAAUAAUUGAAGGGGAGGCAAUUAUUUCUCCUAUCUUGCUCACUUUCUGAAGGAUCAUCACAUUAUGCUAGUUUUCUCUCUGAUAUGCUCUGACUGUUAAAUUCCUAUAUGUAAAAAUAAAAGCUUCUAGUGCACUUA